CCAUUCCAUUCCAAUCUGUCGCUUUCAUUUCUUCUACACUGAAUUUAUAAACCCUUCCCAUCUGCACACGUCUUCCGUUCUUCCUUUCGUGUACUCUCCGCUUGCCUGCCUGCUUAGCUUCUUCUCCCCCUCCGGAUUGACGCCAGUAUGUCUGAGGCAUCGAAAACUCCCCAGGUCCCUAAAGAUGGUGAGGGAAAGUCUGAUGGAGCUGGAAGUACAGUUUCUUCAGGGGCAUCAUCUGGACAGAGAGGAGCUGCUCCUCCUCCAGCUGCUGGAGUGCCAAAUCCAUUUGAUUUCAGUGCUAUGUCUGGCUUGCUUAAUGACCCAAGCAUUAAAGAAUUAGCCGAACAGAUAGCAAAAGAUCCUUCAUUCAAUCAGAUGGCGGAACAGCUUCAGAAAACAUUUCAUGGUGCUGGUGCUGGUGUUGAUGAGGGCGUCCCCAACUUUGAUACACAACAAUAUUAUUCAACGAUGCAACAAGUCAUGCAAAACCCUCAAUUUAUGACCAUGGCUGAAAGGCUUGGCAAUGCACUGAUGCAGGAUCCAGCCAUGUCUGGCAUGCUCGAAAGUUUGUCAAAUCCAGCUAAUAAGGAUCAACUUGAAGAACGUAUGGCACGAGUCAAGGAAAAUCCAUCGUUAAAGCCUAUCUUGGAAGAAAUUGAGACUGGUGGCCCUGCUGCCAUGAUGAGGUACUGGAAUGACAAGGAUGUUCUCCAGCAGUUGGGCGAAGCAAUGGGAUUUGCUAUCGGCGGGGAAAGUGCUUCAUCUGCUGGGAACACCGCUGAAGACGAAACCGAGGAAGCAAAUGAGGAGGAAUCCAUUGUUCACCAGACUGCUAGUGUUGGCGACGUUGAAGGCUUGACGAAGGCUCUAGCUGAUGGCGCUAAUAAGGAUGAAGAAGACGAUGAGGGAAGAACUGCAUUGCACUUUGCUUGUGGAUACGGCCAGGUUAAGUGUGCUGAAAUUCUCAUGGAGGCUGGGGCGAAGGUUGAUGGUUUGGAUAAAAAUAAGAACACUCCACUCCAUUAUGCUGCCGGUUAUGGCCGGAAGGACUGCGUGGAGCUGCUGUUGAAAAAUGGCGCCGCUGUCACUCUUCAGAACCUGGACGGAAAGACACCCAUUGACGUGGCUAAACUGAACAACCAAAACGAUGUUCUGAAGCUCCUCGAGAAGGACGCUUUUCUGUAAGACGGCAGCAACAGCGUGAGCGAACAUAUAUAUAUAUAUAUCUAUAUGUAUGUCUCGUUGUACCCUCGCAAUGUUGCCGUGAGUUGGUAUUGGAACUCUACUGUGUUUUACGCUUAUGUUUUGGUUUUUUUUUUUUUUUUUUUUUUUUUUAACACGCAUGGAGAGUGUUGGCGUGCCAACCGAAUCUUGCGUGCUGCUUUGAAGUCGGUGUAUGAUGGCGACAUUCGUUCAUUCUAUUCGCCCUUAGGCGCGACUGAAUCAGACAUAUGUGUUGUUGCUCGACUCGGCUCGUCCCGUCUUUCGCCGAAUAAGCUCUUUUAAGUUUCAUCUUA